AUCACCGUUUUUGUUUCUCUAGUUACUAUUUUAUUUUGAUAUUUAUCGUUUUAUUAGACAUUGAAAUGGAGGAAAGUUUGGUUACAAAUAACAAUAUUGAAGCUAAAAUCGUUAUUCUAGGAGAACAAAACGUAGGUAAGACAAGUUUUGUCGUCGUAUUCAAUCCUGAUGGUAAUAACCAAGAUAGAAAAAAAUUGAAGUGUGUCAGCUCAACAAUAGGUGCAUCUUUUGUCACUUGCAGAGUGAGAGUCAAAGAUAAAUCAGUCAGAAUGCAGAUAUGGGACACGGCUGGUCAAGAGCGAUACAAGUCAAUGGCUCCACUCUACUACAGGAAAGCGAAUGCAGCAGUUGUCCUUUAUGAUGUCAGUGCAUCAUGCUCCUUUAAGGCAGCUCAAUUAUGGGUUAAAGAGCUUAAGCGUAAUGUGGAAACUCCUGUACUAAUACUGUUGGUUGGCAAUAAAGCUGACCUUUGUGACCAGAGAAUGAUAUCUUAUGAACAAGGAUACGAGUACGCGUCUACUGUCGGUGCGUUAUUUUGCGAAACUUCUGCCAUCAUGGAUAAAGGUGUGACGCAGGCAUUCGGCCUGCUUGCCAAAAGCCUCAUCGAAUACGAACGAGAGCAUUCAAAUUUCCAGUACAAGUUUAAAGCGGACUAUGUCAAUCUGCAUGAAAUGAGUUGCUCAUCGUCUUCGUCUAAUGAAAAAUUUCCCUCGUCGUGCUGUUAAACCCAAAGCGGGGCAUUGUGAAUUAUUCAGCGAGCAUAAUUAUGGAAUUUAGUCGCCAUAUUCAGUCAUCUCGAUUACGUGCAACUCAAGAUUCUCUCUCUCUACCUCAAAAAUCUGUAUGAUCCUUUCAAUCCAUUUUGAUCCUUGUUUGAUCCUUUGUUAACAUGAAUAAACAUCAUAGUAUUAAA